AUGAUUUUAGCAACAUUGAAGAAUACAAUGCAAAUGAUGAAGAAGAUGAGGGCUGAUCUGAUGAUACCAGUCGUCUAUUGGAUGGGUCCAAGAGAUGACCCAAAUAAUGAUGAACUUCAUAAGGUUAGACCUCUUAUUAAACACCUCAAUAAGAAAACUGCUGAAGCUUUCAAAUCAUCUAGUGUAUUUGCUGUUGAUGAAAGCAUGAUACCUUUCAAAUGCUGGUCUACUCUAAAACAAUACAUGCCUUUGAAACAUGUGAAAAGGGAAUACAAAGUUUGGUGUUUAGCUGAUUCAAGAACUGGAUACAUACAGAAGUUUGGCAUUUAUACUGGUAAAGCUAAAGAUCAAAUUGUAAUGGAUACAUUGGGAGAACGAGUGGUACGCAAUCUAACAAGUUGUUUGAAAGGUACAAGAAGUGUCAUAGCAUUUGACAAUUUUUUAUGA